AUGGCUGACCUUUUCGUCGACAUUGUUACUCCCAACGACCACCGCUACUCGCAGCCGACCGGCCUCUUCAUCAACAACGAAUUUGUUCCAUCGGGCGGACAAACCAUCACCUCCAUCGACCCCGCCACCGACAAGCCCAUCGCCACCGUCCACGCUGCCAGCACUGGCGAUGUCGACCGCGCUGUGAACGCGGCCAAGGCUGCCCUGGUCAAUCCAUGCUGGAAAAAGCUUCCCGCCACCGGACGCGGGCAGAUGAUGGCCAGACUAGCAGACCUGAUUGAGAAGAACAGGGAGCUAUUUGCCUCCAUUGAUGCGUGGGAUAAUGGUAUGAACCCUCCAGACAGGCCUCCUCGCAGAAUUCAGCUCACGAACCAGGGAAACCCUAUCAUGUCGCCCUCAACGAAGACCUCACCGAAGCCCUCAUCGAAGCCCUCAUCGAAGCCCUCACUGAAGCAAUUGACCAUUAGCACCACGCCUGAAAAGUUCGCAUACACUAUCCGCCAACCGGUGGGGGUUGUUGGUCAGAUCAUCCCGUGGAAUUAUCCUUUGUCUAUGGCUACCUGGAAAUUGGGACCUGUACUGACCUGUGGAAAUACCAUUGUGCUUAAGCCGGCGGAGCAAACACCACUCAGCACCCUUGUUUUGGGAAAUCUGAUCAAGGAGGUUGGAUUCUCUCCAGGCGCGGUCAACAUUACGAACGGCUACGGCCGCGAGGCUGGCGCUGCUCUAGCGUCGCACCCGUUGGUCGAUAAGAUCGCAUUUACAGGCUCCACCAUGACAGCCCGUGAAAUAAUAAGAAUGGCUGCCGGAACUCUCAAAAACAUCACCCUUGAGACUGGCGGUACAUCACCACUACUGGUCUUCCCAGAUGCGGACCUCGACGAAGCCAGGGACAUUUUCCAGUUCUUCCUGACCAAGUUCAAAGAGGCCGUCAAGACUACCUCCAAGAUCGGCGACCAGUUGGACGAGUCAAUCUUCCAGGAACCACAGGUGACUCGCGCCCAGUACAAGCGUAUUCUAUCUUACAUUGAGAUGGCCAAGAGCGAAGGGGCCACGGUCGUCACUGGCGGCUCUGCCCACACUCCCGCUAACAGCAAGAAUGAGAAGGGAUACUUUGUCGAACCCACCGUCUUCACAGACACCACCGACUCCAUGCGGAUAGUCCGCGAGGAAGUCUUCGGGCCGGUAGUGGUCAUUCUGUCCUUCUCAAGCGAAGAGGAAUCCAUCCAGCGUGCAAAUAGCACAACAUAUGGUCUCGGUGCUGCUGUCUUCAACCUUGAGCGUGCGCACCGUGUGGCAGCGGAAAUCGAGUCUGGUACGAUAUGGAUUUACAGCAGUCAGGACUGUGAUCCUCGUAUUCUCUUUGGUGGUGUUAAACAAAGUGCAAUCGGGAGGGAGCUGGGUGGGAGAGGCCUUGAGGCGUAUAGCCAGGUAAAGACCGUUCAUAUCAAUAUGGGCAGCAGGCUGUGA